AGACGGAAGUGCUGGACGAAGUUGUUUCCGGUUCCGGCUCAUGGAUGUUUUGAAUUGGACCCGCCUGAAAGGUCUUUUCGACGGUUCAGCUAAAGAUUCUAAAGAACCUAUCAAGACUUUGGUGAGAGUUCGGCUUAUUUCGCUUCGGAAACAAAGAGUUUAUGUAGCUGCCGUUAGCUAACAUCCGGGGACAGACCGAACCGGUUCCGGUGGGUUUUUCCUUUAGCUGCGUUAAUGGACCGAUCGUUCGACAUGUAGGUUCAGGCGAACCGGGACGGGAAUGAGUUCCGGGAGGCUCCAAGUCAAAGUCAAACGGGUCAACGAAAGAAGAAGUUCCCGGGACUCCCCGAAGCGCCUCCGGACCCCCGCCCGCAUCGGAGCUGGGGGGGUCCGUCCGGUGACCUGCUCCCCCAGCAGGAGGCCCGUCAUGGCGGAGGAGAUCUGCAGCGACAGCGACGACCUGUUCGGGGACUACGACAGCCUCCUGGAGGACAGCUCCCUCCUGCAGAAGCUGGACGCGGCCGAGCAACAAGACCAAGCGGGACUCACGCUCUGCCUGCGCCCCCCCUGGGAGGACGAGCCGCCCGGACCCUCCCGGGACCUCCCAGCCAGUCAGCUCCAGUUUCAGGAGGAGCUCAGGCUGCAUGGCGGGGACCACAGCACCAAGCAGGAGGAGCAGGAGCCGCUCCCGGGGAGGAGCAGGAGGAGCGUGGCCGACCAGCUGAAGAGGACCAUGCUGGGGAACGCCGCGGCUCCUCCUGCUGCUCCCCGAACGGCUGUGCUGAAGGAGGCGGUGGUCUCUGAGGAGAUCAGCGUGGCCAUGCAGGCCAUGGAGACCAUCUCCUCCCAGACCACCGACCUGGGGCCGUUCUUCGGCCUCCCCAGCAAAGUGAAGGAGCUGAUGCAGCGACUGAGAGGAAUCCAGAAGUUAUACGACUGGCAGGAGGCGUGUCUGAACCUGGACUGCGUUCAGCAGAGGAGGAACCUGAUCUACUCCCUCCCGACCAGCGGAGGAAAGACUCUGGUGGCGGAGAUCCUCAUCCUCAGGGAGCUGCUGUGCAGGAGGAAGGACUGCCUCCUCAUCUUACCCUACAUCUCCCUGGUUCAGGAGAAGGUGCGCGGGCUGGCCAGUUUGGGCCUGGAGCUGGACUUCCUGGUGGAGGAGUACGCCGGCAGUAGGGGGCGGUUCCCCCCGGUGAGGAGGAGGAGCCAGACGUCUCUGUACGUGGCCACCAUAGAGAAGGCCCACGGCCUGGUCAACUCGCUGAUCGAGAACGGCAGGCUGGAGAACCUGGGGCUGCUGGUGGUGGAUGAGCUCCACAUGCUGGGGGAGGGCAGCAGGGGGGCCGUGAUGGAAAUGACCGUGGCCAAAGUCCAGCACCUGAGCAGAAACACGCAGAUCAUCGGGAUGAGCGCCACCCUGGGGAACAUCCAGGAGCUGCAGGCCUUUCUGAGGGCGGAGCUCUACAGCAGCGACUUCAGGCCCGUGCAGCUGAAGGAGUUCGUGAAAGUGGGGGACAGCAUCUACGAGGUCGACCCCACGGAGGAGAGCGGCUUCAGGUUCUCGCGGCUGCUCCCCUUCAAGUACUCCAGCGCCAUGCAGAAGGUGGACCCCGACCACAUCAUCGCCCUGGUGACCGAGGUCAUCCCCGCCCACUCCUGCCUGAUCUUCUGCCCCACCAAGAAGAACUGCGAGAACGUCGCCGUCAUGAUCUGCAAGUACCUGAAGAGGGACUUCCUGCGACACCAGGAGGCUGAGAAGUCCCGCCUCCUGCAGGACCUGCGCGACGGCGGCGGCGGCUCCAUGUGUCCGGUGCUGCAGAGGACGGUGCCGUACGGCGUGGCGUACCACCACAGCGGGCUGACCACUGAGGAGCGGAGGCUGCUGGAGGAAGCCUUCUCCCACGGCGUGCUGUGCCUCCUCAGCUGCACCUCCACGCUGGCUGCAGGCAUCAACCUACCUGCCCGCAGGGUGAUCCUGCGCUCGCCGUUGGUCGCCACAGAGUUCCUGAGGCGGAGCCAGUACAAGCAGAUGGUGGGCCGGGCCGGUCGGGCCGGCAUGGACUCUGUGGGGGAGAGCGUCCUCAUCCUGCAGGAGAAGGACCGCAGCGCGGCCAAAGCGCUGCUGAGCUCCCCCGUGGAGAAGUGUGUCAGCAAGCUGCUGGAGGAGGACGCCAAAGGCCUGCUGACCCUCAUCCUGUCCCUGAUCGGACUCAACGUGGCUGCGUCGCUGCAGCAGCUGCAGGACUUCCUGCAGGGGACGCUGCUGAGCGUGCAGCAGCAGCAGCUCUGCACCGACUGCAGUCUGCAGGACGUGGUUCUGCGCUGCAUCCACACGCUGAGCCACAAGGACCUCAUCACCGCCGCCGAUGGACACGCCCCCACGCUGCAGGUCACGCGGCUGGGCAGAGCCGCCUACAAAGGUGGCGUGGACCUGACCGUCUGCCACCUGCUCUACAAAGACCUGCGCGGCGGUCUGGACGGGCUGCUCCUCAGCAGCUUCCUGCACCUGCUGUACCUGGUGACCCCGUACGACCUGCUGCCGCAGUGCUCGCCCAACUGGAUGAUCUUCCUCAGACAGUUCACCUCGCUGUCUGCGGCCGAGCAGAAGAUGUUGGCCGCCAUCGGCGUGCCCGAGAGCCUCGUGGCGAGAAAAGCUGCAGGACAGACGGUGAAGAAGGGCGUGGACGCGGCGCCAGCGCGGCGGAUGUACCUGGCUCUGGUGCUGCUGUGUCUGCUUAAGGAGACCAGCGUGUGGGGCGUGGCCGAGCGCUUCCAGCUGAGCCGGGGCUUCGUGCAGACGCUCCUCAGCUCCGCCGCCGCCUUCUGCUCCUGCGCCCUGCACUUCACUGAGGAGCUGGAGGAGCUGUGGCCGUUCCGCUCGCUGCUGCUGGCGCUGACUCAGCGGCUGACGUACUGCGUGAAGGCGGAGCUUGUUCCUCUGAUGGAGGUGGCGGGAGUCAUGGAGGCCAGAGCCAAGCAGCUGUACAACGCCGGCUAUCGGACCCUGACCCACCUGGCCAACGCUGACCCGGCCGUUCUCAGCAGAACCAUACAGAACCUGUACAUCAAGCAGGCCUCCAUGAUGGUGGCCUCAGCCAAAUCGUUGGAACGUUUCUGAUCCUGAUGGAUAAAAGCAGAUUUCACGAUCCAAACCACAAACAGCAUGUGGGAGGAGCUUCAGUCGGGCUUUAGACGGCAGCACUGACACAGCACUUUUUAAAGCAGUAGACCACGUCCUGCUGAGUCGGCGAAAUUGGAGUUCCUCAGGGAACGAUUCUCUGACCUCUGCUGUUGUGUCUGAGCACGCUCAGUCCGCUCAAACAGAAUCUGGAGAUGAAGGUUAGGCUUUAUGGAGCUCUGACGGCAAACAUCACUGGUCUGGAAUCUCCAUGGAAACGAUGGUCAGUCUGGUCUCCAUAGAAAUGUCCGUUCCACGGUCU